AUGUUUGUCACGGUCACGAUACGCGUCCAGGCGAACCGCAUACCGCGUCUGAGGCCACUAACUCUUCGCUUCUUCUCCUCAGGGAUGGGCCGUCAGCAAACCCUCGGAAAGUUCUUCCCCAUGCCCGCUGGUACGAAACACCCUCCGCCCCAGCAAUCCAAGCUUGAGGAGAUGUGGGGGACCAAGAGGAAGCGGCACACGAAAAGUGAACCCAAAGAUGAGCCCGCUGAGGACAUGGACGAGCUCAUGCCAGAAGAGGAGUGCAGCGUUGCACAGCCACCUCCACAACCCGUUGACUUAAAGUCGGAUAAGCUUCGCAAGGUCAAAAGGCGCAAAAUCGUGACCUCGGACGAUGAAGACGCCAGUCCAGCUGAGGAGCAGAAUGCUCCAGAUUCUGCGUCUAAAACAUCACAACCAUUCUCCAACAAAGCCUCAUCUUCAAAGACUGUUGAGAAGCCCUCUGCAAAAGUGGGCGCUGCUGCCAAGAAGUCUCACUUCGAACAGCAAUAUCCUCGGUCGCCUGAUGAAGAUGAGGACAAAAGUGAAGAGGAGGAGACCACAUCCUCGGACGAAGGCGCCAACGCUGCAGAGGAAGACGUCGAUGAAGAGGAGUUGGAAGAGGGUGCCUCGCAGAACGCAGAAGCAGCGCUAUCAAGGAGAAAAGAAGUGGACAUUGACGGUGGAUGGAAAGCUGGCGAUCCGGUACCCUACGCGGCUUUGGCGAAAGUCUUUUCGUUGAUUGAAGCCACCACAAAACGGUUAGAGAAGACGGCUCUACUGACAGCUUUCCUCUAUCUAGUCAUCUGGCGCAGUGCCAAGAAGGACACUGACUCGCUCCUUCAAGCUGUUUACCUCUGUAUCAACCGUCUCAGUCCUGAUUAUGUCGGCAUCGAGUUGGGCAUUGGCGAGAGCUUGCUCAUCAAGGCAAUAGGACAAUCGGCCGGGAGGUCCAUCGCUGUCGUGAAAGCCGAGCUGAAGAAGGAUGGUGACCUAGGUCUCGUGGCAAUGAACUCGAAGAACAGUCAGAAGACGCUCUUCAAGCCAAAACCACUCACGCUCCCUUUUGUAUUCAAGAGCCUGAAGGAAAUCGCUCUGAGCUCAGGCCAAUCGUCACAAACCAAGAAGGUGUCCAUCAUCACGAAGCUGCUUGCGGCAUGUCAGGGCUCGGAAGCGAAGUACAUCGUCCGAAGUCUGGAGGGAAAGCUUCGGAUCGGGAAUGCUGAACGAACCGUGCUUGUCGCCCUUGCGCAUGCUUCGGUGCUUGUGGAACAGCAGCGUGCGACCAAGAAGCUCAGCCAGGAAAAGCUGACAGCUCGGCUGGAAGAGAGCGCCAAUAUCAUCAAGGCAGUCUACAGCGAAUUACCCACGUACGACCUGGUGAUUCCCGCACUUCUGGAAGUCGGCAUCGACAAACUGCGAGAAAAUUGCAAGCUCACGCCGGGCGUCCCCCUGAAGCCGAUGCUUGCGAAGCCCACCAAGGCGAUUGGAGAAGUACUUGAUCGCUUUGAGAACAAACGAUUUACGUGCGAGUACAAAUACGACGGAGAGCGUGCACAGGUCCAUAAGCUGGAAGACGGCACCAUAGCGGUCUUCAGCAGAAAUUCGGAAGACAUGAGCAAGAAAUAUCCUGAUCUCAUGGAGCAGCUUCCAGAGUGUGUCAAAGAGAAUACACAAUCGUUUGUGUUCGAUGCCGAGGCUGUCGCUAUCGACAAGGAUACAGGUAAGUUGAUGCCGUUCCAGGAGCUGAGCAGGCGGAAGCGGAAGGACGUCAAAGUGGAAGACAUCCAGGUCCGGGUGUGCUUGUUCGCAUUCGACCUGCUUUACCUCAAUGGAGAGCCACUGCUGCAGAAACCUCUAACGGAGCGGAAACAGCUUCUGAGGGAGCAUUUCCAGCAAGUCGCCGGCGAGUUCGACUUCGCGAAGUCCUCGGACGGCGAGACAACGGAUGAGAUCCAAGCGUUCCUUGAAGAGAGCGUCAAGGACGGCUGUGAGGGUCUUAUGAUCAAAAUGUUGGAGGGCGAACACAGCUUCUACGAGCCCAGCCGCAGAACUGUUAAUUGGCUCAAGCUCAAGAAGGACUACCUUGCUGGCGUCGGCGACUCGCUCGACCUGAUCGUGGUAGGCGGUUACUACGGGAAGGGCAAGCGCACAAAUGUGUACGGCGCGUUCCUGCUCGCUUGCUACGACGCCGAGUCGGAGGAGUACCAGACGAUCUGCAAGAUCGGCACGGGCUUUAGCGACGAGGCGCUGCAGGCGCACUACGAGACGCUCAAGCCGCUCGAGGUAACAAAGGUGCGGAGCGACGUGAAGGUUGGUGGCGCGAAGCCGGACGUGUGGUUCGAGCCGAAGAUCGUGUGGGAAGUGCUCACUGCGGACCUGAGCUUGAGUCCGAUAUAUACCGCCGCGAAGGGAUUGGCGGAUGACAGAGGCAUCUCAUUGCGAUUCCCUCGGUUCAUUCGCGUGAGAGAUGACAAGUCUGCGGAUGACGCUACGGGUCCGGAACAGAUCGCAGAGAUGUACGAACGACAGGUACUUGCACAAAGUAAAGGAGGGAAAAAGAAGAGCAAGGGGGGCGAUGCGGACGACGGAUUUUGGUAA